CAAUCAGCCUGCCAUUGACCAAUUGCUGCUCCCAGCCAUGGCUCUAGGUGGGCUUUAUGACGCCCCGUUGCAUGUCAAAGCCCGCCCCACGUCACCGCGGGCUCCGAGCUAAAAGCAAUCGUUGAGCUGCCGACUUCUUCAGCUGCCCCCCCAUGGUUCCUUUUCACACCUCCCUUCACAUACUUAACACCACCAAACCACCCUCUCAAUAGACCACUCCAUCUACUGUCCAUCAUGCCUUCUCCCAUCCCCGCCGCCGAGGAACUCAAGGACCUCUUCAGCCUCAAGGGCAAGGUCGUCGUCGUGACGGGCGCCUCGGGCCCCACCGGUAUCGGAAUCGAAGCUGCUCGCGCCUGCGCUGAGUUCGGUGCCGACGUUGCCGUCACCUACGCCUCGCGAGCCAAGGGCGGCGAGGACAACGCGAAGGCGCUGGCUGAGAAGUACGGCGUCAAGACCAAGGCCUACAGCUGCAAGGUCGGCGACUACGCCAACGUCGAGAAGCUGGUUGCGGAUGUCAUCAAGGACUUUGGCAAGAUCGAUGUCUUCAUCGCCAACGCCGGCAAGACCGCCGACAACGGUAUCCUAGAUGCCACCGUCGAGCAGUGGAACGAGGUCAUCGAGACCGACCUGAACGGCACCUUCAACUGCGCCCGCGCCGUCGGCCUGCACUUCCGCGAGCGCAAGACCGGCUCGCUCAUCAUCACCGCCUCCAUGUCCGGUCACGUCGCCAACUACCCGCAGGAGCAGACCUCGUACAACGUCGCGAAGGCUGGCUGCGUUCACUUGGCCAAGUCGCUCGCCAACGAGUGGCGCGACUUUGCCCGUGUCAACUCUAUCUCCCCCGGCUACAUCGACACCGGUCUCUCCGACUUCGUGCCCCAGGACAUCCAGAAGCUCUGGCACUCCAUGAUCCCCAUGGGCCGUGACGCCAAGGCCAAGGAGCUCAAGGGCGCAUACCUCUACCUUGCCAGCGACGCCUCCUCCUAUACCACCGGCACCGACAUCAUCAUUGACGGUGGUUACACUACCCGUUAGAGGGCUGAGAUGCUUCAACUAGACCGACUCGGAAGAAAAGCUCUGGAGGAAUGGCUCCGCGCGCGCUUGGAGCUGCGAGAGCGGCAGAGCGGCUGCGGAGACACACCACAUUCUGUAUCUAGCUUUCUUGGGAA